AUGCAGCUGCACCUCCCAUCACCGGCCCUCCGCAGCUCCGUUGGUGCGCCCACCAUGUGCUUAAUUCUCGGCAUUGGCCAUCGCGCCCACAAAGAUUGUGCCAUCCUCCGCUUAUUCAAUUGCAUUGAUAGCUCUGUUGUUGAUCACGGCCAAAACACUUUCUUCCAUAAUGCCCUUAAUAAUUACUUCCUUGGCAACUCAAACCUCGUUGAGCAUGACGUGGCCAAGCAAACGCCAGCUAACGAACAACAAGAAACCAAGGCGACGUAG